AUGCGAACCCGCUCCAGCGCUCCAUCGGAGCAACCCCAAUCUCCUCCAUCCACCUCCGAUGACCAAACAACAGCAGCAUCUACAUCAGCUCUCCCAGCGCAAUCCAAACCCCAGAAAACCUUCAUCCUCCCCUCCACCGCCGGCGCCGACGCCCGCUUCCUCACCCUUCCCAACCCGCGAACCGCCUCGCCAACCCGCUACUUCUUCGACCCCAAACUAGGCGUAUACGAAUUCACCGUCCUCUCAUCCCCUCCCACCACACCGCGAAGCACCCUUCUCGUGCGCAACCCCGAUCCCACCUCAUCAUCUACAUCCCAACCGCCAGCGCACAUCUCCAAGAAAGCCGAACUCCUCCUUGCCACCCCCAUCGACAUCCUCUUCUUCCUCAUUCCCAUCCUCACCGCAAACACCAAACAAAACAACCUCUUCCAACCCCUAGACGACAUCAUCGACUCGCUGGACGAGGAGCUCCUCCCACCUCACCUCCGCCAUGUACUCUACGACGAAACCUUCCGCGGGACACUGCACGCCCGCGCCGCUGCGAUAAGCGACUCCGUUGAAGCUGGCGACGAGAAGAUGUUCCGGUUUAACGAGACGAAACUCCUCCAGGAACUUGUCGCCAAGGCGGAUAGAAUGGUUAGCGUGGGGCUGCCUCCGAGUCUUGAGGAGAGAUUUGUGAGACAGGCGCUGGCGACGCCGCUGAUGGCGGUGAAAAGAGAUGAUGUGGUGGCUACGGGGGAGAAUAAGGAGAAUGAGGGCGAAGAUGGCAAAGAGGAGGGGGAGAAGACCACCGCGGAUAAUGAAGAUGCAAAGGAGCACCUCCCCGAAGGCUUGAAAGCUCCUGACGGCGUAGCAAACCUCCUCCGGAUAUCCACAGCGCUGGCAUUCAUAAAAGAGUGCUAUUUAUCCAGAGAGAUGAGUGCGCGGAUAGAUGAGUUACUAGCUGCGCCGGAGAGUCCGAAGGAUUUUAAGCCGAUGCAGGAUCAUUUGGACCUUGUGGCGAAGCUGAGGGCGGAGGCGCUGGCGACGAGAUCGCUGGGGGAUUUCUCGCGGAAGAGGAGUGUUGAAGAUCAGGAGGCUGCGGAGUCGAGGGCGGAGAAGAAGCGGAGGAUGGAGGAAGAAGAGAAGAAGAAGAAGGCGAAUGAGUCGAGGGGGGUCCGGGAUCUCAAAAAGGUUAAUACGACGGGAAUGAAGAAGAUGAGUGAUUUCUUUGGAAAGGCGGCUGCGAAGAAGAAGACUUGA